GUGCAGACAUCACUCAUGGUGGGGGGGAUCUGUCAGCAAGCCAAAGCGUUUAGAUGGACGACAUCAGAAAGCUGCAGCUUUAACCGUCAUCUUAUCAGAAUGAGUUAAUUUGCUAAUACAAGGCUGACAGCAGACACAGUAAUAGCAGAUAGAGAGAGUUUAUAUUCUGUCAGCAGUGUUUUGCUGUAGUGAAGAUGGCGCAAGCACUGUCAGAAGAGGAGUUCCACCGUAUGCAGGCUCAGCUUUUGGAGCUGAGAACACAGAACUACCAACUAUCUGAUGAGCUGCGGAAAAAUACAGCAGAGCUCAACAGUGUCCGUCAGAAGACCUUGAACCUGGAGAAAGACUAUGUCAAAGCACAGAAGGCUUUGAACAAGAGCAAGAAAGCACAGGAGGUAGAUGCCUUACUAAAUGAGAAUAAAAUGCUUCAGGGCAAGUUACACAGUCAGGAAGAUGACUUCAGACUGCAGAACAGCACCCUCAUGCAAGAGCUGUCCAAGUUAUGUUCUCAGAUCGAGCAGUUAGAAUUAGAGAGUCGGAGACUGAGGGAGGGUCAAGGGCUGGAAGGACCUGCCUCUGGUCCAGUGGAUGCUGAGCUCCUGCGUCUACAGGCUGAAAACUCCGCCCUGCAGAAGAAAUUGAAAGCUCUUCAAGAGCAUGCAGAUGUUAAUGAUGGAAAAGCAGCACUCAUAGAUGGAUCGGCUGGCACUAAUGGGGUCCAAUCAGAUGCCAGAGGUCACAGUGACGACCCUUCGGCUCCAGGAAAUGAUCAGAUUGAUCAGGCCGAAGUGCAAAGCGUCAAACUAGAACAGCGAGAUAAUGAGCUGAGCGAGGUGGCAUUAAAGCUUCAAACGGAAAUGGAGGAGAAAUGCUUACUGAGGGAACAACUCCUGACACUAGAGAUGUCCAAGCAGGCAGAAAUCACAAAACUACAAGAUGAAAAUGCUAAAUUGUCUGAUAGGUUGAAGAAAAAACAAGAGAGCUUCCAGCGGCUACAAGUUGAGAAAGAAGCACUUUACAAUGACAGCAGGACUAAAAUCGAUGAGAUCCAACAGAGGAAAGAGGAGGAGCUCAAAUCCAUAAAUAUUCGUGUGCAGAAAUUGCAGACAGAUUUAAUGGCAGCCAAUCAGAACGUCGCUGAACUGAAGGAGCAGUUGCAGAGUAAACAGAAAGAGCAUGAGAUGGCCAUCCAUGCGCUCAAAGAUCAGGUAGCGUGUCAGAGUGCGGUCAGUCAGGAGCAGGUGGAGGGCAUGCUGAGCGAGAACGAUGCUCUCAGGACAAAUCUAGCAGCCCUAGAACAGAUCCAAACAGUGAAGACUCAGGAACAGAAUUUGCUGAGAGAGCAAAAUCUGAUGCUAAACGCAGAGCUUCAGCAGAAACGUACAGAACAGGAGAGCUUCCUGGCGCAGAGAGAUGAUCUCAACUCACAGCUACAGGAGUCAAACCGAGCGAAUAGUCGACUACUGGAGCAGCUCACUGAACUGGGUCUGGAGAAGGACAAGCUACAGCAGGAGUUAGAGGAGGCCAGAAAGACUGCGGAUAAGCGUAAGGUUAUGCUGGAUGAACUGGCCAUUGAGACGGCGCAGGAGAAGUCACGGCACAAAGAGGAACUCAGCGAUGUGCGCUUGCAGCAUGAAAAGGAAGUGCUGAGCAUCAGGGCCCGCUAUGAGAAGGAGCUCCGCGGCCUCCAUGAGGAGAAGAACCGCACGGAAGAGGAGAUCCGCUCACAGCUACGAGACGAGAGAGCUCGUACCAAAGAGCUGGAGGGUCUUCAGCCGUAUGUGGAGGAGUUGAAAGCUCAGGUUCAGUCUAUGGAGGGGACAAAGGGCUGGUUUGAGCGCAGGCUCAAGGAAGCAGAGGAGAGCAUGGAAAAGAACAAACUGGACCAUGCAGAAGAGAUCCAGCGGGUACAGAAAGAUCUCACACUUCAGCUGGAGGCUAAAGCUGCAGAGGUGGAGACAGUCAAACAGCAAGUGAUGGAGAUGCAGAAAGAGAGAGAAGAACUCAACAACACAAUCAGCAAACUCAAACAGGAGAUUAAAGAUACAGUGGAUGGACAGAGAAUCCUGGAGAAAAAAGGUAGUUCAGCGCUGAAAGACUUGAAGAGGCAGCUCCAUUUGGAGAGAAAAAGAGCCGAUAAACUCCAGGAGCGGCUGCAGGAAAUCCUAACCAACACUAAGACCCGUACAGGUCUGGAGGAGCUGGUGUUAUCUGAGAUCAGUUCGCCGAGCCGUACGCAGCAGACGGGUGACAGCAGUAGCAUCUCCUCCUUCAGCUAUAGAGAGAUCAUGAAAGACGGGGCUUCGGCUCCCAGCACCAAUAAGUCCAACACCAGCAGCCCUCAGUCCCAGCGUCCUGCGGACCUUUCGGACGACGAGGUCAGUGAGCUCUUCCAGAGGCUCGCCGAGGUUCAGCAGGAGAAGUGGAUGCUGGAGGAGAAGGUGAAACACUUGGAGGUCAGCUGCUCUUCAAUGGCCGAUGACAUCUGUAAAAAGAGUGCCAUUAUUGAGACGUACGUCAUGGACAGCCGAAGAGAUGUAUCCGGAGGAGGUGCGGUGGCCCAUGGUGCUCAGGGUGAACGUGGAGGUUUGAGUUCUGUGCUGAGGGACUUGGUAAAACCUGGAGACGAGAACCUGCGUGAGAUGAACAAAAAGCUGCAGAACAUGCUGGAAGAGCAACUGACAAAGAACAUGCACCUACAGAAGGAUCUGGAAGUUUUGUCUCAGGAGAUCAUGCAUUUGAGUAAAGACGCCACCCCUGCAGAAAACUCCAAAGCCACGGGAUAAAACUGGACACCGUCCACCCGAUGAUUCAGUACCCUUCUAUUUCUCGCAUCUCUUCACGGCUACCAGGAGGAAACUACAUUCAUCUCGUACAAAGACCUCCAGCAAUCUCAGAUGUUCCAGGAGCACAGAGGGUCAAAACCGAUGAAGUCCAUCUGUGAUUUGCAUACUACUGAAUGUAAUGUAACGCUCUAUAUGUUUAUUUGUCUGUGAUGGGCAUGUACUGUUAGAAAAGGGUCCGUUGAGCAAACCCUGGCUGCUUGACAUCCAUGAACUGAGUGCAAAGGACGGGGGCUUGGCCUCGGUGGUCCAAACAGGACCGUUCUACCUACCACUAAUUCCCCCGUUCAGGAAAGCGUGUGUCUAAUGUUGGCGUCCUCAAACUGCUGUCACUGUUGUAUUGCCUGUUUUGUAUAUUUGAUUCGCUAAAGACACUUAUUGUGUGUGUGUGUGUGUGUGUGAAUGUGUUUCUAUGAGGUGUAGAAUGGGGUGUAUUUAUUCAUGCCAGAAAAUCCAAAAAUUAUGUCUACAUCUCUACAGGAUGCUGCUCGUAUCUGAAAGAAAAUCUCAAGUUCUGCAGUUCAUUAUAUGAAAAAAAUUGCAAAAAAAUGCUGCAAUAAUAAUCGGAGCAUUUUUGUGGGACUCUCGAAAUGUUUCCGUGAAGGAAGGAGGCUCCCUGGACUCCCCAGACUCCCCAGCUUAACGAUUCAAUUUGACACCUCUCUGUCUGUCUCAGAACUGACAGCGCUGUUGGGGAACGGACCAAUUUCUCACAGCGUGCACUUGACUCCCAUGAGAAGCUAGCCGCCUGUUUUAGUGUCUAACACCAGUUUGUUUCGUGCGCGUUGAUGCCCUGUCGUUUUCUGUGAAUGUUGCAACAUGAUUCUGCUUUUAUGCAUUCAGCUUUUGUGAACAUUUUAAAUUCUGAUGCACAUAGAAAUAUUUUAUUUGGCGAGUGCAUAGUUAAUUUAAUCGUGGGGUCAUGUGACUGAUUUUUUUUGCUGUUGGUCCUCACUCUCUUCAUGUGUUUUUCUGUUUAAUUGCUUGCACUGAUGUCAAACACCAUCCACUGUGUCUUGAUUUUUCCAAUCGUUUACCAACAAGCAUAGUCAAAGAAGACACCUUUUUUUUUUUUACACAAAUGAAAAGUCAUAGAGUUGGCGAAAUAUCAGCCUAAUUUUCAUUCACGUCAAAUUAAAUAUGGCAUAUGCUCCAUUGAUCAUUUUAAAUGCAAUGAAUAUUGACCAACUAUUUGUUUAGAUCCUUCUGAUUGCUCAACAGAACGAAGUAGAUUUUAUAGAACAUUUUAGUCACAUGAGAUAAUGGAUUCAGCAUCCACCCUAUUCGUCAACGGUUCUGUAUUAAGUUAGAGAUGUAUAUGUAUAUUCACUUUGGCAAAAUUGUUUUAUGAUUUUGUGAGUUGUGAACGAUUAGCAUUCUAUUUCAAAUCUUUGCAAAGCUUUAAGCUUUAUUACACAAUGGUUUGUUUCCAUGUUCUUGGCAGAUGAGCGUGACUUUCGUGCAUGGUGUGUUAAAUGCCUGUCAAAUCCCUGUCUCUGGCUUCUUAAGGAAAUCCUGACGAAUGCUUUUGCAUAUUCCUUUCGUUUAUACCAUACAGAAGUAGGAUAAUGAUAUUCUUUCAUUUCCACCAUUGAGGAAACUGACAUAUUAAGAUUCACUUGGACGAUUGCACUCAAAAGAAUGAAGGAUGUUUGCCUUUGAAGCUCAGAGUUUUCUCUUUUUUUUGUCUUUUACUCUUCUAAUAUCUGCCAAACAAGCUCUUCUUUAAUUAAGAUCAUCUUUUAGUCAUCAUUAACUACAUGUAAGCAGAUUCCAUUAUUAAUGUCCGAUCGCCCACUACAUCUCUACGGCUAAUAUUUAUUUAUGUCCAUUUCAUUGUCAUUUUCAGACUUCCAUAACUUGCAGAGAUAAUAAAGAAUG